AAUUAAUCUUUAAGGUUUUUGCACAAAAAUAAAACAGCACACAUUCCUUCUUUAAAGAGAGUAAAUUUCCUGUUGAUUCCUAUUUGAACGGUUUGCACCGUGUGUUGGUGUCACAACAGGGUUUUACUGUUAGCUUUGGUGUUWUACGUAACGGAUUGAGUUAUAACAGAGAAUGAAGUGGAACGUCACCAGAACAUUUAUGAAAAUUCACUCAAUUUCUACAAUUAAAUAGCUUCCGUUUCCAUGACACGAUUAAAUGAUAUGUGCAAAACUACUAAAAACAGUUUAGAUUUAGGCUACUUAAGUACUCAGGUAAGUUAAUCGUGACGCUUUCAGGAAAGAGAAGUGAGGCUGAAAGCGAUAUUUCCAAGCAGUACUUGAAGUAACCAUUUACUCACUAAGACAGAUGUUAGACACGGACUCAAAAUAUAAUGUUGUGACGGCCUGUUUGCCGCAAACUGCAACGCUUCAUUUCCUUGCAGCGUGAACUGAUGUAGCCUAGCUCGUAUUUUGUCAACAAAGCAGACGAUGCAUUCAGGCAUGCUGCAGGAGCUUCUUUUCAAAGUCCUGGUUGUCGGGGAUCUUGGUGUCGGGAAAACUUCUGUCAUCAAGCGGUACGUUCAUCAGAUCUUCUCCCAGCACUACAGAACCACCAUCGGGGUUGACUUCGCGCUGAAAGUUCUGCAGUGGGACAGUGACACUGUGAUCCGGCUGCAGCUGUGGGACAUUGCAGGACAGGAGCGGUACGGGAACAUGACCCGUGUCUACUACAGGGAGGCGGUGGGAGCACUGGUGGUGUUUGAUGUGACCAGGACCUCCACGUUUGAGGCUGUGCUGAAGUGGAAGGACGACCUGGACUCUAAGGUGACCCUGAACCAUGGGAGACCAGUUCCUGCUGUUCUGCUUGCCAACAAGUCAGACCAAAUAUCGUGUCAGCUGCCCAAACUGGACUUCUUCUGCAGGGAGAACGGGUUUGUGGGCUGGUUUGAGACUUCUGCAAAGGAAAACAGAAACAUCGACGAGGCAGCGCGCUGUUUGGUGGAGCACAUCAUGAACAACGAGGAGAGCUCAGUGUCAGAGCGAGAGCCGUCCUCCUUCCUCCUGUCGGGAUACGCCAGCGCCGCCAGGAGUCCUGAAAACUGUUCUUCGUGUUUAAAAUAAUCGCAUUACAUCAGGGACAAAAGAUCUGAAAGAAAAGUUCCUUUUAUAAGUUACAUGUAGAAGUAAGAACAUUAUUCAAAGCUGUGCUCACACUCCAGUAUAGUGGAGCAUAUAAAGUGGAGCACAAACAGCAAGAGAGUUUUGUUUGUUAUGGUUUUAUUUUUUGUUAUUUAACUAACUAGAAAAAUGUCAACACAUAAAAUGUGAACAUUCUCAGAAAAAUUGACCUUAUAUUUAGUUUGUGAGCCACGAAUCACAGGCAAUGUGAGUUCAUGGUUUGAAUAUUUUUAUUGGUUUCUGCAAUUAACACAAUAAAUGUCAGCCUGCUCAUGA